AUGAACAUUUACUUUGUGGAUGAGCCGAUGUUUGAGGACGAUGUCUUCAGUAUGAGAUAUCUUAUGUCGAGAAGGUUGUUUUUGAAAAUCGUGGAAGAUAUCACUGCAUCAUUUCCAUGGUUUCGCUCUUCGGCGAAUGCAGCGGGUAUUAGAGGGUUCUCGGCAAUUCAAAAGUGUGUGUGCGCGCUACGGCAACUAGCGUACGACAACCUUGCCGACAACUAUGAUGAGGGGUUGUCGUUUUCUACUAGAAAGGCACGUGAGUGUCUAGACAACUUUUGCAUCGCCGUAAAGUAUCUUUAUGGUGAAGAGUAUUUGCGUUCUCCGACUAGCCACGAUGUUGCGCUUUUAUAUGAGGCGCGGUCGAACAAUGGCAUCAAUGUUUUGAAGCAAUUGCCAUUGUUUAUUCCCGAAGUGAAUGGGAAGUCUCUUGAGUACGGCUUUACCGUAAACGGGCGCCGUUACAACAGAGGAUACUAUAUAGGGGAUGGUAGUUACCCACCUUGGUCUUGUUUUGUGAAGGCGUAUGCUUACUCGGUCGCUCGUAAGGAGAAGAUAAUGAAGAAACUUCAAGAGUCCGCGAGAAAAGACGUUGAGCGAGCAUUCGGGCUUCUGAAGAACAAGUGGGCUAUCAUUGAUUGA